AUGGAGAGUCUUAAAAAGGCAGCAGUCAAUUUUAAAGACAAACUGACCAAAACAGGACUCGAGCGGCUUAUAAUAGAGUCAACAAUGAACGAUGACGCUAUCCCUCCAAAAACAACCCAAUUAGCAAUUGCUGACAGAACGAUUUCUCAAAUCGAUAUCGAGACUAUCAUGAGAGUGCUUUGGGAAAAUCUAAAAUCUCCAGAACGAGAAUGGAAAAAAAUUAAUAAAACCCUAUGCUUGAUCCAUUCACUUCUUUUAUCAGGCAGUCCUCGAAUGGUAAAUGAGUUAAGGGAUUCCGCUCACAAACUAAAAGGAUUUGAAACAUUUAGCUACCGAGAAAAUGGGGUUAUUGAAAAAGGAGGGCCAGUAAGGGAUAAAGCACGACAAAUAAGCUAUUUAUUGGCAAAUGCUGGGCUGCUUGAAGAGGAAAGGGAAAAUUCGAGAAGGAAUAGGGAAAAAUAUGUAGGGAUCUCAUCAGACGAAUAUGGUAGAAGUGGAAAUUCAAGUGGAUAUUCAGGCGGAUAUUCAGGUGGAUAUUCAAGCGGAUCUUCAAGUGGGUAUUCAGGUGGAUAUAAUUCGUAUGAAAAUAGAAGUGAUAGUUAUAAUUAUCAAGCACCAACAAAUGAAAGAGUCGACAAAGGGUACGAUCAAAUUUUUGGAAACCAAAGCAAUAAUGCCCCUGCUUAUAGUGGUGAUGAGAGUAGGUAUAGAAAUCCGGGAAGUGGUACUACACAAAAUGAAACUUAUGAAAAUUAUCAGCCGAGACAAGAGCAAGGGAUUCCUUCAAAUGGAAAUAAUUGGCCACCACAAAGCAUAAUUAAAUAUGGCGUCUCAACUUGAUCUGGCCUCUCGGCCAGACAGUUUCGAGCCCUAUUUAAUUAUAUCUGGCAAGGUUUUGCCUAGCUAGAGAUGGACAGCAAUAUCAGGUAAGCAAUUCUGGCAGUGUACAGAGCCUGAUCCUAGUCCGUUCUCAGGUUAGGAUUUUACCUCGAAGGAAAAGGAGGCUUGGAGUUGGAAAGGGGAAGCCCAGCAGUGCCUACAGGUAAUUCCUAGGCCAUUCGGGCAAGUCCCUAGCGAGAAACCGGGAGUUUCGCCCCGGGCUACAAGUUUUCCUUUUUGCCGAAAGUCGGCCAGAAAUUCCAUUUUUUGGAAUUCCUAGCAGGCAACCUUCGUUACAGAGAAAGUAGUUCAUUCAUGAGCAUCGAAGCCGGAACAUCGCGCAGGAGGCGCACGUUGGAGAUCAAAGCCAGCUGUCCCAGCAACUGGUGGGCCCCGAGCGACGAGAGCGUGGUGGUAGUCCUGGAAGAGCAACCCCGUAGGAGACGUUAAACGUCAUGGUUAAUAAGUUAAGUUCAGUUGGCCACCACAAAGCAGCAAAGCACAAACUGUUCCAGAUAUUUUUACUAGCGUUCCAGUAAGGAGACAAGAACAAUAUCAAUAUAAACAGCCUGAUGUAGAGCUUAUUCAUGAAGAAAAUAGGCAGCCAAUCAAUAAUUUCCAACAGAAUUCUUCUCAAGUCCCUGCUCAAAUGUCUAAAGAUAUUUUCCAACCUAUUUCGUCUCAGUUUCCAAAAUCUCAACCUACAAAUCAAAAUCUCCAACCAAAGCAAUCAAUUGACAAUUUUCAGCCAAUAAUCAACAAUCCACCUCCUACAAGAGCACAAGUUGAUAUUUUUCAACCAAAACCAACUAAUGAUAUUUUUAAACCAAAGCCUGCAAAUGAUAAUUUUCAGCCUAAGCCAGCAAAUGAUAUUUUCCAGCCAGCUAUCAAUAAUUUACCUUCAACAAGAGGUCAAGUUGAUAUUUUCCAGCCAAUAUCCCAACCUUCUCAACAGCAGUCAAACCCACUCCCCAAACAACAAGAUAAUAUGUUUAAGAGCCUAAAUACAAAACCAUCACCAGCAACGGUAUCUCAGCCAGAUUGGACACAAGAGAUUACAAAUUUAUCAUUAAAAACAACUCCAAGUCAACCUCUUCAAAUGCUAAAUCUUCAAACGGCCCCAGUGCUACCUAGUUUUCCAUCAGUAAAUAUUUCGCAAGGGCCUUCUCCCCAGCAAAAUAUCCCACUUUAUCAGAGCAGCUCAUCCCAGCCUCCAAUGCAGCCAUAUUUAUCACAGCCAACAGUUCUACCUUAUCAAAAUGUACAAUCUCCAUUACAGCUUACAAUCCUUCCGGGCUAUCAAAAUAAUAUAUCCCAAGCUCCAAUUAAGUCAUACCAACCUAACAAUCCUCAUUCCCCUAUGCAGCCAGUUCAGCAGCCUUAUCAACCAGCUAGCUCUCCUCCUUUACAGCCGCAGGCAUAUCCAGCCCCUCCCAAAUCCAAUAUCAAAAUCGCUCACAAUCUAGAUACGACUUCAGGAAUCUCAAUCAGCCAGCUUAAAUUCAGCCCAUCACUGGUCCAAUCUCAAGUUCCCCAAGCCCAACAGAAGCCAGAAAAACCAAUUAACCUUGAAGACGCUCUCUUAGGUUUAGAAGAUCUUUCAUCUUCCCUAUCAACUUCCAAAGAAAGAGAGAAGCCUCAAAGAAAUCUGGGAUACUUAUAA